GAGUCAUGAUGCCAGCUUUGAGACACCUUAGAAUAACGACAAGUCGGUUUGAUCAUGAGGGAGAGAGAAAUCUAAACAAAUUAGCUCUCCGUAAAUCCAAGGCCACAUCAAGAUAAACAGAAAGAAGUUCAAUUUAACUACAGAGCCAUAGUACAAAAAGACAGACAAGAAUGUCGUCUGCUACUUGCUCUCGUCGUGCAGUUGAAGCUGCCCGCUUCCUGCGCCCCCCAGGGUAUAUGAAGCGGGUGCAAAUGCGAGAAAAACCUAGGAAAUGGACUGGCCCCUACGAAAAUCCCGUUAGAAGAUGGGUACGACUACGGGAAAAGGCGAAACAAUUCUGUGCGCUGCCGCCGCCACGGAAGGUGCCAGUGCCAAGGCCGUCGAGUUCACCGGGAACGGUUUUGAUUAUGCUUUUGAAGAAAUAAUAUUUGAGUAAUGUCUCAGGUAGCCGUCUGCAUAUUCAAAAUUUAUCUACUUACUCGAAAAACUCCCUUAUCUACAACUACUUCGGAAAGGUAGAGGUCUAACAACUAAGGAUGGCGAAGCAAGCUGCAGGUAAACCUUAAACUAGCGACGCAAGCAUGCAUGAUAAACGGAAGGUGCCAGUGCCAAGGCCGUCAAAAUUUAUCUACUCGAAAAACUCCCCACUGGUCCUCUAUAAUGUCCUCAAAGAUGUGGAGGACGUCCCGAACGUGAGUAGCGAGGUGCUGGACCGCCGCCUAGAAUGGCUCCUUGGUCCUCGUGCGAUACAACAACAGCUACAAGCACCUAUGGUUGCCGGUGCGACACCUUACCUAGUCGAAUCACGCGUGUGGCAGAGACAAUUGACAGAGGUGCGACGAAUCUAUCGCGCACAAUACUUACAGAAACUGCAAGAAGUAACCAAGACGGAACGAGAAAGAGAAGAAAAGUUGCAAGAAGAGGAACGGGCACGACGUGCAGAGCGAAAGCAGAAAGCUCUAGCGAAGCAAUGCGAAGACCGGAAGAGACGGGCAAUACUUCGGGAUAGUUACGGGCUCACACUCACACAGGAGAUUGUCUUUGUCCUAAACCCUAAACAAGAGAUCUGAAUGCCAUGCUGAAGCAGUAGCAACAAAAGAAGAAGUAGCUCCGCGUCCGCAUCAAUCAAUUACCAGCUCCAUAUGAUCUCCAUCUUCUAAAACCUGCUUCGUACUGAUGGAAAAGUGACGCAGAUCUUUCAGAUGCAGCGCCGAUCGCGGCUAAAGAUGCGUCGUUUGCGCUGGUUGAGCGAGUACGUUGAUCGGCAACGAGACGUUGAGGUCUUCGACAAGUUACACCCUCAACAAAACGAACAAGAGAGUGAAUUUUAUGACGGGGCAUGUUGUGAUUGUGAUAGUGAUUGUGACAGAUAAUUUGUUAGAAUUAUUAGAUGUGGCACUUUUUCAUUUGACAGAUUUGCAAGGAGGUUGUAGUUGUACUAGUUAGUACAGUUACACUGAUCAUAUAUCUUCAUACAUAGAUGUUCUUAUCCGUUAUACUAGUGAUGCAGUUCUCCAGUUAUGAUCUCGUCUUAUUCUUAAAGAUAUAUUAGGUUAAGGUGUCAGUGUCUGUAGAGAUACUAUAUCGCUACCUCAAGUAGUACUAGAGCAUGCUGUGUCUUAUACGUUUUUGUUCAAGAUCCAGGGAUUCUUCAUAAUUCCGAUAGUGACCGAGACUCUGACGAUAGCUUCGUCGGUGCUUCUGAACAUUUGGUGCAUCAUCAGGCUGCACUAGGAGCUCGCGAUCCGAUAGUGAAGGCACAAAAUAAGACGCUCUAUAGUAAGGGCCUAGCAGAAUCAGCCACGCAUCUUGGAGCACCCGUGAAUCGGUUAGUACAAGAAGAACCAGGAAAAGAGGCUAGUUCACCUGCUUCAUCUACUACGCGAUCAUCUCGAGUGGACACUUCGUCAGCAUCCGCACUACUGGGCUCCACACCUUCAGCAUUAUCCGACAAGAAAGAUUCAGGAUCAAAUCUAGUGGGUGGUAGAAAAUCGAACAAAGCUCUUUCUGGUAGGCCCGAUCUGCGCGGGGAGCUCUUAGGAGAGCAAGUGAGUGAGGCAUUGUUCGAUAGGGAUGUCUCAGUUCCUCAUGUCAUGAGGCAACUAGGUGCUGCCAGAGAAUUUCCUCGCCAAAAAAAUCGACGCAUACCUGAGAAGAAAAAUCUGGUGACCGAAGUCAAGGAACAGUACUUAUUCAUCUUCUAAAUUCAGGCGUUCUUGCUCUUCUUGUUUUGAUGAAGAUGAGGCUCAACCGCGUCCUAGUAUCGAUUCGAAAUGGACAGUUUUGCCCAUCAAGAUGCUUGAACUUGUUCCUAAUCUUCAAAGAUGUAGAUGUAGGCACAGUUUUUCCCAGAAGUAGUCAGUCACGUGUGAACAAGUAGUCACGUGUGAAUCGUACUCCCGCACCAGGUCUUACGAUAUUCUGCCAGAAGAUCAUUUCACGCAAGAGGAUGCGUCACGGCUGGAAGCUGGCGCGACACCGGAAUUAUUCCCGACAGCUGCAGGCAGACAGCGAGCGCGCAUUAGACAGGGACUCCUGAAGCCAAAAGAAGACGCAGAUCAUGCUCCUCUUUCUUUAUGUUGCAGGCAAGGAGUAGAAAUUGUUGUAUUUGUAACAAGAACCAGCACCUUUCUAAACUUGUAAAUAUUCAUAUGAAAAUAGAACUGCUAACUUCUGCCUCGCGUCGUGCGGAAAUGGAAUAUGGCGUCUUUUCGAAGCAAGAGCAAAAAAAGCUUCUCGAUGAGAAGAUCAAGAUGCUGGAGCACAGUCUAGCAAAAGCCGAGCAUCUAUCGGAAAUUUAAGGGUCAUAAUUGGAAGUAGAUUUUCCUUGUUUUAUCCUUUUUCUAGUAUAAUCGGAAAGGGAGACAACUUCUGUUAUAGUAGGUUUGACAUACAGAACACAGUAACAGUAUUAACAGAAGCAGUUCAGGAGGUUCACCCAGUGGUCAUUUGCUGUGAGUUUUUUUGCAUGCAAUGCCACCUGCAGCAUGACAGUACAAGGUACAACACAGGACAACAUAGCUCUAAGAAAAGCCAGGCCAGAAACAACUGGAGCAGCAGCUCUUAGAGCAGUUGCAGGCAACGAAGCUGGCCAUGGUCGAAAGAGAGGUUGUGGCGAGGCAAAAAGCCAAACUACAGAAGGAAGCUGAACAAGCCGCGCAGCAGGCUGAAAGCAGCUGAAGAACAAGAGAGUUGAUGACGAGUAUCACUAAAAUAUAAGGAAAAAAGCAAAAAUAUUCAAGCAUAAAGAACGAAGAUGGAGCAUGUUACAAAUACGAUAACAAGGAAACUCACAAGGGACGAACACACGACGAGACAAUUGGUCGUCGUGGUGUUGAAACGUUCAAUGAAAGAACUACCCUGAUGAACUGCACGUUUACUGCGUUAUGAUGAGCGACACUCUGCGUAAUCAUGAUGAAAUACUUCAAACCAACAUCUAAUGAAGAAGCUAAUGAAAAAAAUCGUCGAACUGAACUUAAUAAUGUUGUUGGAGAUGAGAAAAAGAAAUGAUCAUUGUUCACGGAGGAU